CGGGCACAGUCGGAGGAGGCCUCUCCAGCCCCAGAACCCGUUCCGCUUCCCGGGGAGCCCUCGCCCCGCUCCGAGGAGCCCGCUGCCAUUGCCCCCCGCAGGCCCCAGGCCCCGGUCUUCCCAGCCCGGGCGUCCCUGCCCUUGCUGCUGCUCGUCGGCGUCGGGGUCCACGCCGCGGUCAUCUCGACUUCCUCUCUGAGCGCCGGGCCGGGCGUCGGGGCCGAGGCCGGGGUCCGGGGAAGGAGAACCAUGGCCGAGGCCGGAGAUCGGGAGGCAGGAAGUCGGGGCCCCGCCAGGGAGCACGCCUUCCUGCCCGAACCCUUCGACGGGUCCCGGGGGGACGCGGGCCGGUGGCUUCACCAGCUGGAGGUCAUCGCCGACCUCAACCACUGGGACGAGGCCACCAAGCUGCGCUUCCUGAGCUCGGCCCUGCGAGGGGGGCCGCUCGACCUCUUCCGAGGGCUCGGCCCCGAGGCCCGCCGCAGCUACCCGGCCGUCCGGGACGCCCUCCUGAAGGCCUUCGGCGGCCCCGUUCCCGGCCCCCGGGAGAUCCUCCUGGCCCGCAGCAUGGGCAAGGGCUACUACCUCAAGGGCAGCAUCGAGGGGGUCCCGGUGCGCUUCCUGGUGGACUCCGGGGCCCAGGUGUCCGUGGCCCACCCCGACCUGUGGGAGCAGGCCACCGACGGGGACCCGUCCACCCUCAGGCCCUUCGAGAACGUGGUCAAGGUGGCCAACGGGGCGGAGCUGAAGAUCCUGGGCAUCUGGGACACGGUCAUCACCCUGGGCAAGCUGGAGAUGAACGCCCAGUUCCUGGUGGCCGACGAGGCCACGGAAGAGGCCAUCAUCGGCACGGACGUGCUUCAGGACCACGGCGCCAUCUUGGACUUCAAGCACCGCACCUGCACCCUCAAGGGCAAGAAGUUUCGCCUGCUGCCCGUGGGAGGCUCCCUGGAGGAGGAGUUCGACCUGGAGCUCAUCGAAGAGCGGCCCUGCUCGCCCUGACGCUCACGACCACCGCCACGGCUCCCUUCCUCCUCUUCCUCCUCCACUUCCUCCUCUUCCUCCUCCUCCUCCACACUCCCCCGGCCCUGGAGACGCGGUCCCAUCCCAGGUACCAGGUCGGGCCCGCUUCCCCUUCAUUCCCGCCUUCCGCCCCUCCUCUCUCGAAGUCUCUCUCCGAGAUUCAACGCCGGAAGGCCUCCCUCCGGAGAAGGCCCCGUCUGGGGGACGGGGAAGGCCACCCUCCCCUCCCCCACUGGAAUUGGCC